AUUAACUCUGACUUUGUUUAGAUCUUGGAUUUGUCGAAUAACCACGUCCAAACUCUCCCUCCGCGCAUGAUGCACCCUCUGAAGGCCAUAGAGACGCUGUAUUUGGAAGGAAACAAGAUCAAGGUGCUGCCUGAUAACUGGUUCAGCCAGAAGAACGAGGUGCCCUAUCUGUACCUCUCGGCCAAUCCGUGGGCUUGCUCCUGUUCCCUUGGUUACCUGCGCAUGUAUCUGGAGGAGUACGAUUACAACGUUUAUGUGAAAGAUGGACCCAUCAUCUCGGCGGAUGCAGAGAGUGUGAUUUGUGACAGUCCACGGUCUCUAAAAGGUCAGUCUGUGAUCAAACUUGAAGAAUCGGACUUUUGUAAUCCACUGACUCCCACUGAGCAAAGCCAUUUUUUUGAUACUACCACUCCUCCUAAGCCUACUACUACUACUACUACUGCUACUGCUGCUACUACUGCUGCAGUUCCCACUACUCCAGUUUGGACUCAUGGUUAUUACAAAAUUGUCACAAUAUACGAAUCUUACACAGUAGACUGGUCUGAUAUUUGGGGAUCACUGCGAGGGGAUGGACGAAGAGUCAAAAGAACGACUGUGCCGCUAACAACUGAACUCCCUACCACAACUUCGACAGCUCUCCCCACUACUACACCACAAACUUCUCCAGUAUUGACAACUUCUACAGCUCUCCCCACUACUACGCCACAAACUUCUCCAAUAUUGACAACUUCUACAGCUCUCCCCACUACUAUGCCACAAACUUCUCCAGUAUUGACAACUUCUACAGCUCUCCUCACUAUUAUGCCACAAACUACUCCAGUAUUGACAACUUCUACAGCUCUCCCCACUACUACACCACAAACUUCUCCAAUAUCGACAACUUUUUCCACAACAAUCCCACCUGAAAUACAACAGACAACCUUUGUUACCCCCGAAACUUUUACAAUGUCACCUCCAGGAGUUUAUGAAGGUCGUAUAAUUAGCAACAACAUAAGUAGCGACAGUGCGAGCCCUCUUGAAGCUAGGACCGUUUUUUGCUUUUGGCUCUUUGUAAGUUGCGCGUUUCUCUGUGUAGUUUCCGCUUUUUCGUCAUUAGUAACUGCAUUUAGGUUGUAUUUUUGGUACAGAGGGGUUUAUAAGUCAUUAAAAUGUAUCAUAGCUGGCAAGGAGCAAGUUAAAAUGUUGAGUUAUUGUAGAGAUAUUGACAAGAAACAGGCAAAAUAUCAAACUAUGCUUUUUGUAUCUAAGGAUGUGAAUCAAGUUGAGUGUUUUGUUAAUUUAGGACCAAAAACCUGGACAGAAGAAGCACAAAAUGUUGAAAAAAUAAUGUACAAGGAGGCAGUGUAUCACGAAAUUAGCAAAGAAGAAGAAAUUGAAGCUAAACACGUGCUAGCAGAAUGCACAGUUAGCCGAGAAGCUAACUCAGGCAUGUCUAAAAAGCGUUACAGUGUUAUUUUGAGGGAGGAAGGUGAAAAAGAGGGAGGGGAAACGGAGAAAUGUGAUUGGGUGGUCGGGGGCUGGGAGGUGGAGAAAGGGGCGAGUCCUGGGAGCAGUUGGGGGGAGUGGCUAGUGCAGAAUUUGCCGAGCAUGCCUUGGAGGGUGAGCGCGCCGCCCAAAAGGGAAGCGGAGUCACUGUAGUGUUGCGUGAAUGAAAAAGAUGAAUGAGGAAGCUCACAACGGUCUACUCAAUUUCCUUUAAAGGGCCCAUCUCAUGCAAAAUCAACUUUUCAGUCCUUUCUACCUUCUAAGAGUGAUCUGUGGGCCUUGUAUAUGUCGCCAAAGUGUUUUUUAGAUUGAUUUGGCAUUUUUUUGCAGCGUAUUUCUGCCACCCUCCCACGAGACAAUGAACUAAAGCUGCUACAACGAUGACGCAGCAGAUACACCUAUGAUGCGUUUGACAUAGCAGAAAGUGCUUCACACCUGCCCCCCUCAGUGUAUUGUUCUACACUGCAGUGUACGCAAUAUAAUAAGUUGAUCUACUAGUGUUUAUUAAAACUUUACCAAUCAGUAAUGUUCAGCUGAUGUGGACGUGGUGCUUGAGCUUCGUGCUCCUCAAAGUCCUCGUCUGAUUCCGGGUCCAACACAUGCGGCUGAACGCGCUGUAUCUCCAUGAUGAAUAAAAGUUUAUUUCUACCACUAUCAGGGUGCACGUCUGUCUCCCCCUCCCUCCCUGAGAUGGGCGGAGGAAGGGCGGCUCACUCGUCGCCUACGUCACGUUUGGAGGGCGGAGCCUGUGCUUUCUCAGGACGGGCGGGGGGAGGAGCAAUAGUCGGCCUUUCAUAGUUCCUGGUCUGUGACUUUCUCCAAGAAACCAGUAUUGUGUUUGUAUAUGUGCAGAAGAUACAAUGUGAAAAGAGUUAUUUUACAUGAGAUGGGCCCUUUAAGGAGUUUUUAAUUGAAAAUUUAUGGAAGCACAUUUCCACCAGUAAAUUUUAAAAAAGCCUCAUAGAAAGUCAGAAUUUUUUUUAUAUUUUUAGUUUUAAAAGUAUAAAAGUCAUAGUUAUGACUUUCUGUGAGGCUUUUAUUUUUUAUUUACUGACGGAGAUGGGCUACCAUAAAAAUCUGAUACUAAUCGGCAGUACACAGGACUUACAGUCAUACCAUACUCCAUACAGAUGUACAACAACUCACCUUUAUGUAACAGAUAAUACUCCCUACAACUGUACAACAACUCACCCUUAUGUAACAGAUAAUACUCCCUACAUCCUGUCAAUCAUCAUAACAUUGUUGUACUGUCUUCCUU